AUGCAGUCAUUCGACAUCGAAUCUCUGAUUGGUAAUGGUACAGAUAGUAAUAACUUUUCUGAGUUAUCUAAAAAAUCACCAGAUAUUGAAAGAGCCAAUGCUACAGCUAUUGCUAUCGAACAAUUCCCGCUGUUAACUACUGAGGGUAAUGCAGAUAAAUUAGCAAGUCCAAAAUUUACUCCAAAUCUGCUCAGACCUGAAUUUUUCUGUGAUCCAACAUCAUCACUGUUUCGUCCUACAAAGGUUACUGUAACUACUGAGGAAAAAACACAUCAAGACGUCAAAUGUCUUGAAACUGCAUUCCACACUUAUCCAAGUGUCUCUGAUAACAAAUCUCAGUGCACUUCAUUUUCAUCCACAACAGAAGGAAGUGAUGAUAAUACGAUGAGGCGCUAUCGAACUGCAUUUAGUCGUGAACAGAUUAAUCGGUUGGAAAAAGAGUUCGCGCGUGAAAAUUAUGUUUCACGUCCUAAGCGAUGCGAAUUGGCAGCACAGCUUAAUCUACCUGAAGGUACUAUUAAGGUAUGGUUUCAAAAUCGACGUAUGAAAGAUAAAAGACAAAAGAUGGCAUCACUUCACUGGCCAUUUCUUGACCACCAAGUCACUGCUUAUUUCCUUAAUCCAUUUUACUACGGAGCGUGGAGAUCAUCUCUGAUACCAAAGUUAUGUGAGCCAAGUGUUACGCAUCCUUUUUUUUCGAGCACCAGAUCAGUGUUUGGAUCAGUAGCAUUAGGAUCAAGAACAAGUACAGGACCAAUUUCUCAUGCUGAAAUCUGCUCUAAUUCAGCUAGUACUAGCACCGAAGAAGUACUCGAAAAUCGAAAUCGACUACUUCAAGAACCUCAUGACCUUACUAAGCUACUAAAUUCACCUUCUGAAUCCAAAUCUUUCUUGUAA